CUGCCUUCCCACGUCAAUCUGACAGCAUGUCUCGUGUGUCGCACAUCGACGUUGUGGUCCUCGCCCUCCUCCUUUCCUGCCUGUUCUCCUGCGGCCAUUGCUGGGACUACUGCCAGGAGCAUUGGUGUUCUCGUCCAGCGCUGCAACAUGUGGCCUGCAACAACAACGGCAGCCUUGGAGCGCAAUGCAAGAGCGAGGCCAGGCUGUUGCCGCUGAGUGGGGAUCUGCAGACGUUCAUCGUCCGUCAGGUGAAUCUCUAUCGGAAUCAUGUCGCCUCGGGCGGAUUCAGAGACUUUGCGCCCGCCGAUCGCAUGGCCAGCGUCCAGUGGGACCCGGAGCUGGCAAAGCUCGCAGAAAUUGCGGUCAAGCAGUGCAGCCUCGCCACCGACAACUGCCGCAACACCAGACGCUUCAAGCACGUUGGCCAGAUCGUGGGCCACGUCAUCUUCAGUGCCCAUCGCUUCAGCGAUCGCCAGCUAAUCGGCCACAAGAUCCACAAUUGGUUCAAGCAGUACAAGAAGGCAAGAUUGGGGUUCGGGCCGGGUGAGCCACGCAGUGACAUGAACAGCUUCCGGCAGCUCAUACAGGAGCGUGCCACCCACAUGGGCUGUGGGGUGCUCCGGCAGCCACGCUACCGCUGGCACCAGCAGUUCAUCGUCUGCAAUUUCGCGCGCGAGAAUGUACACCACGAACCAGCCUAUGCCGUCGGCCAUAAGGCGGCUGCCGGCUGCCAGACGGGCACCAAUCCCCAGUUUCCCCAUCUGUGCGCCAUCGAGGAGCACUAUGAUGUGAAUGCCGUGGAUCGUUUUGCCACAAAGCCAUCAGGUCAUCUGGCCAUCAAAAUGAAGUACAGCGAAGAUGGCAUGAGAGCAAAGGGAGCCAAGUCCAGGUCGAAGCGUUAUUGAAGUUCUUUUUUGGAAUUUUCAUUCAUUCAAAUGUAUGUACAUGCGUGUGCAUAUGUAUGUAUGUAUGCCUGUGAGGGGUAAAAUCUAUUUCUGACUCUUCAAUAGAUAAGUCCAAGUGCCAAGUCCAUUCCACAGCGUGACUAACAGCAGUCCCAUUCAGUCUCAAAUUCCCUUGAAUUAUGUAUAAAUCAUCUCUUAGAAUCUCGCGCUUGGAUUCACUUAAAUAUUCAAUUGUUUAUUGGGUUGUAAUAAAGAAAAAAAACAGUCAUAGAAAA